CGCGUUAACCGCGUUUAGAUCCCUGAAUCACUAGUGUAUAUCUCUGUUUAUACUCCACAAAUCUGCAGCUUUUAGUGAAGUGACUGACAGACGAAGAUAAGACACGUGAACGGCACGGACACCAUUAGUUAAUCAUUUUACUUUACAAAAAAAAAAAGUAAUGUUGUCGACACUUUCACAUUUCUCUCCAAAAACGAUGUUUUCUGCACGCGAGAAUCGGUGUCAUCGCUUUCAGGCCAACAUCUUUAAUAAAAGUAAAUGUCAAAACUGCUUCAAAACAGUGGAUUCGCACAAACUCGGCGAAGCAGAUCUGUUUCAGACUAAGACUGUUCAGGUGGGCUGGCUCCUCCUGGCCCCGGAGGACACUGACUUCAGCACUUCUAGCCUCAGAAAACGGAAAUGGCAGAGGAGAUAUUUUGUGCUUUACGAGCAUGGGCUUCUACGAUACUCUCUGGAUGAGAUGUCAGGUACAUUGCCCCACGGGAGUGUAAAUAUGACCAAGUGCUUUGAGGUGCUUGAUGUUUCAUCUCAAACCGGCUUCCAGAACUGUCUGAAGUUGUGCUUCACUGACAGAGACUACUACAUCCGAACAGAGAACACAGACAGCUUCAGCAUCAGUCGGUGGCAGGAAAAUCUGAUUGUUUACCCCAAAGCUGCUAAAUCAAAUCAGAAGAAGGGGAAGGAUCCAGCCCACCCACCGCAACAGACAACAGAAAACCACACCUCCAGCAGCAGCAGUAGGAGUGCUGCUAAGAAAAGUAGCACUUCUGGAAAUAGUUUCACCAGCAACGUUAAGAGACAAGGCAGCAUCAGUUCUAGUAAUAAUAGCGGUGAUAAAGUGUCUAUCAGUGACAAUGCUGGCACUAUUACUAGCAGUGCCACUAAAGGCGGUAGCAUAAGUGGCAGCAGUAGUACUAAAGGGGCCACCAAAAAUGACAGAAGAGGUAGCGUGGUGAGCAGGGUGGAGGAGGUCUCGUUGCUUUCCUUAGAGAAGGAGCUGGAGGAGGAGUCACUCAGUAGUGGAGUCGGGGUUCCUUCCAGCAGUGGCAAUGCUUCAUCUCUCAAUACCAUGCUUUGGUCCUCUCUCUCUUCAUCGCUCAGUCAGUCCUCGGGCUGCUCCGACACAGACGGUACUAAGAAUCGAUUGGGCACUGAAAGCGGCUAUUCCUCUCUGGAGAAGACAAGUCCUCGUGUGGUGGAUGCACAAGCACACACUGACUCCAGGAGAUCUCAGAAAGCUGAUCGACAGGAGGGUUCAUUUCUGAAUACCGAGUUCCCCCCCUCAACCGUCAAUUCCUCUUCGACUAAACAAAAUGAUCAUAAGACAACUGUCAUUACAUCUCAGCAGGAUUCCUUCCCUAAAGAUAUUCCUGAUCACUUGCAACAUUUCACGUCAUGUAGUCUCCGUUCGCUGGAGCGCAGACCGCUUGAUCCUACACCCACACCUGACCUCCUUAAUUUCAAAAAGGGAUGGAUGUCUAGAUUGGGAGAAGAUGGAAAGUGGCAGAAACACUGGUUUGUACUUACUGACCAGACAUUGAGAUUCUAUCGUGACUCCGCAGCAGAAGAGGCAGCUGAUGUGGAUGGUGAGAUCAACUUGUCUACUUGUUACGAUGUUACAGAUUACGCUGCUGAGAGGAACUAUGGCUUUCAGAUUCAUACAAAGAAUGGAGUCUUCACCCUCUGUGCAAUGACUUAUGGGAUACGACGCAACUGGGUCCAGGCAGUAAUGAAAAACAUUUGUCCCACCGUUGCCCCUGAUGUAACAUGUUCAAUUCCUCAAAAGGUGCCGAUGACUUGUGCACAUGCUCGUACAAGCUCCUGCCAAUGCAGUACAGUUCCCCAGGAGGAAGAGCAAAGGAGUCGCAUCAGUGAGCGCUGUAGAGAGGGGCGUUACAAAACCUUUGAUUGGGCAGAAUUAAGUUGCAAACAGCACAAGGAGGAGUUGUCAAAUGAUCUGUCUGGAAGGCAGUGGAACCUUAACAAUGAAUGCUCUGUGCCUCCUGUACCUGCAUCAUCCACUGAAGAGCAGAUCACACGUUCUGCUCCUGAGGCAUCAAAGAAUGGAUAUCUUCAGAAAAGAAGAAUCUCACAGGGGCAAAGCUUGAAUAUCAUGUCGACUGAUAUGCCAUCACACUUAUCACUUAUGGCAGUGUCCAGUGUCCACACCUCCCCAGAAUCAAUUAGCCCUGGCAUCUUAGAGGUUGAUGCAGGGACAGUACAUGUCCACCAUGACAGCCCUGGUGAACUAAUGGGAGCUAAACCCAAAAAAGAAGAGCAGGUUGAUCGCUCCACAUCUCCAUUACCAGUCACCACCUCUUCAUCCUCAGCGCAGACAGAAUGGCAGUGGGAUGUGGAGCUUCAGAGCCUCCGAAGAGAAUUGAAGGAUGAGCAUGAGAGAAAUCAAACUCAAGAAAGGGAGUUAAGACUUAGUGAAGCCAGACUCCAAGCUGAGCUCAACAACAGCCAGGAAUGUCUUCAGAGGGCUGAGUUAAAGAUUCAAGAGGCAGAAGCUCUUCUGAAGGAGCGCGAGGAGGUGCUGGAGAAUCUGCGUGGACGGUUGGAGGAGGUAACCGGUUAUCUUAAAGCAACUGAAGAAGCGCAAGCCUUAAAAGAGGUCAGGCUACAGAGGCACCUGCGCCUCCUGCAAGAGAGCCAGGAAAGAGAAAGGAGGAGCUUCAGUGACAGCCUCGACCAAUCAGAACAACGAUCGAAGGAACUAGAGGAGCAUCUGAUGCAGAAAGAGGCUGCGCUGCAGAAAAAGCCAUCAGGAGACAUUGCUGAUGAACUUCUGCGAAGGUGCCAGGAGUUACAAAACCAGCUGGAAGAGUCAGACAGUGAGGUCUGUCGUCUGCAGGCACGCCUCCAAACCGAAGAGACUCUUUAUUAUGACAUGGAGCAUGAUUAUGAAAGAGCUUGUGAGGAAAUCCAGAGUUUGCGAGGUGCUCUGCUGGACUGUGAGAGGGUCAGUGUGGAGCGCUUUCAAACCCAGCUGGUGCAGCAACAGCGAGAGUUAGACGGGAAGGAACAAGAACUUCAGGAAGUGCUUCUUAAGAUGGCCAUUCUGGGCAGUAGUCUAGAGGAGACUGAACAAAGACUCAAGGAAGCUCAAACCCAUCCUUCUGAAGAUAAUGUUCUUUGUGAGGCAUUGACUGAGCCACAACAAUGCAGACAGAAAGCACAGAGUGAUUUGGAAAUGCAACCUACUACUCAGGGAGAAGAGUCACAUAGAGUGAUCUCUGUGAUCCAGGCACUAGAGCGCAAGUUAUGUGACACAGAAGAGCGACUCCUGGAGCUUACCAUGCAUCUUCAGCAACAGCAACAACCCAACACUGGACUGCAUGCACGUCUUUCUGUGGAUUCCCAGCCGAGUUUUACUGGAGCUUUGCAUAGCCUGGAGGGAACAGCUUUCGACAGAAACUCGGACAAAUCUAAAGUCUUCAUUUAUGAUGAUGUAAAAACUGGAAGCCAGAAGUUGGUUGGCAAGAGUUCAGGGAGAAAUCAAACUCUAGAGAUGGCCAGUAGAGUUUUGUCACUGGAGGCACUGAUUAUCCAAAAGAUUGCCUCUGCACUUGAGCAUCCCAGCUCAAAGUUGCUUAAUCGAUUGUCAGAGGUACAUGUCCACAUGCUUAGGAUGGCUCAAGGAGGCAAUAAUGAUGGGGCUGUGGAAACUAGAUACUCUCAGAUCUUCUUGGACCCUCUCGAACAAGAUCUGGUAGACAAUACGCUGAGUGAAAGUGCAAUCCAUAGACUUUGUGUAAGAGCAGAGAUGACAUACCUCAUACACACUCUCUGUACUUAUCCCUCGCAGGAGCCAAAGGAAUCUGAACUUUUUUAUGACUUGCCAUGGCCAGAGUGUUCCUCAUCUAGAACCAAAAUGGAAAACUGUUCGAACCAGGGGUCCAGACUUGCUGACAUUAGCCCACCAGAACUUGCACCUUACAGUGAACAAACGGAGAACAAACUGAUGACAGAUCUUCUCAUUGAGGGCUCUGAGGUACAGCUUGCUUGCAGAAAGAGUCUGGUGGUAGAGCUUCGUACUCAGGCCCAGUCACUGCAUAACCUUUCAACACGGCUACAGUCUAAUGUUAGAGAGGCUGACUUUCCUGGUGAUCUACCCUCAGCCAUCCUAAGGGCUGCAACGUGUCAGGCCACUUUAGCAUACGUGGCCUGUCGUCUCCAUUCGGCCCUGCAGCAGGAGAUGAGUGCCCUACGCAAGCAGAGAGAGCAGGCUGAGUGUGAGUGUCGUGCCGUGUGUCGUAGUAUGGAGGCUAUGUUCCAGGAACAGACAGAGCAUUACGAAGAGAAGCUGCGUGAGGAGCGUGUUGUUGUCAAAAAGGCAGAACAGGUGCGUGUAUCAGCAGAGAACAAUGCUCAACUGAGGAGGGAAGAAGCAGAAAAAUUGCAGUUGGAGUUUGAGGAGAAGCUCCAGGAGCUCCAGAAGAUCCAUGAAGAGGAGAUGAGCCAUCUCCAUGAAUACCACAUUCAAAACCUGUCAAAACCAAAAGCUGCAACCCCUUCAGAACUAGAGGAGAGUAAAGAGACUGAGCAGGUUUCUGUGACUGCUCUGCAAGACCGAAUCAGAGAGCUUGAGACUGAGAUGGCUUGCUUGAGGGAUCUGAGCAACCAGGAUGUCAAGGCCUUCCACCUUGACCUGGAAACCAUCAAGUCUACGUAUGAGCAUGGUUUCAGCAUUAUGGAGGACAGCCACCAGCGAGUGAUUGAGGAGAUGCAGAGGCAGCAUCAGAGAGAGGUGGAGAGACUGACAGAGGAGAGAGAAAGAGUACUGCAGGAAGAGACUAAUGCCACCAUUGCAGCCAUUGAGGCUAUGAGGAAAGCUCACAAAGCGGAAAUGGACAAGACUCAGAAAGCCCUGCAAAACGGAGCUGGUGUGGACAUCUGCCAGCUUCAUGCACAAUACAAUGAGGAGCUAGAAACAUUGCACAGGGAGCUGGAGGUGUUGUCAGAGCAGUAUUCUCAGAAAUGCUCGGAGAAUACUCAUUUGAAUCGGACUGUAGAAACAGAAAGGGAAGCAUUGAGUACAACACAGAGAGAGAACCAGGAGCUUCGUAUUCACAACCAGGAAUUAAAUGAGUUUUUGGCUGCUGAAUUAUCCCUGAUGCAUUCACACAUGAAUGGGGAGGUGAAGCAUUCCCAGUCUUCUCAGGAGAAAGACAUGUAUCAGCUGGAGGUAAAUCUCAGAGUAAAGGAUUCCGAGAUUAAGUGUCUGAAACAGGAGAUCAACUCACUUAAAUUGGAGCUGCAGGCAGGAAAUACGUAUUUUAAAGAGCUAGAAUCUGAGCUGGGUGCUUCAGAAGUCAAAACUAAAAGUGACUUUGCUAAACUUAGGAUGGUGCCAGCAGGACAGCAGAGCUUAAAAUAUGAUCUGGCGAAAUCCAGGAGCAACCCAGACUUCCUGAAGGACCAUGCUAUACUUCCGCAGCAUGACAGAUCCAAGAGUCUUAAAGAUGGACUCACUGUUCUGGAGAGGAUGAAGCCUUUUGAAUUAUCUAGCACCCAAUAGAUUUAAAUGCGUGUGUGUGUGUGUCUGUGUGAGAGAAGGAGAGAAAAAGAAGCAUUUUAAUGUCUUAUGUGGGGUAAAUUAUUUAAUUGUAUACCUUUAUAACACAGUGAAUUAUAACUAUACCUUUAGUCACAGGUGUGUUUGUGUGUGUACGUCAGUCAUUUUAAUGUUUGCUUCGUUACUACUUUAGACAGUAAAUGUUUUUCAUGAGGUUGUCUCUCUAAAUCUUAAUUAAACUGUCUUUGUUUUUAUUUACAUGUUUAUGCCUGAUUGAGCAUCAUUUGAUUUGCUUCAUCUCUAAUUAUAAAUAAAGUUAAGCUUUUCUUAUCUUUAA